AUGUCAACGUAUUCAAGUUCACAUAUACCAACAACGAAUACUGUUCUGUUUAACAAUGAAGUUUAUGAAGAAUAUGAAUAUCCUGUCUCAGCCGAUGGGACACUAGUGGUAAUGGUAGUUAAAGCCAAACAUUUACCUAAUAGACGUAAACUUGAUAAGCAAUCCCCUUAUGUUGUUGCCAGAAUUGGAACAGAAGCAAGAAAAACAGAAGCUGAUUUUAGAGCAGGUCAAACACCUGAAUGGACAAGUGAAAUGAGAUUUCAUUUAUCAAGAGAAAAGAAAUCAAUUUUAAAAAUUGAUGUGUUAGAUGAAACCAAAGGUGAUCCUACACCAAUUGGAAGUACUGAAAUCGAUGUUUCUGUAGUUUUCACUGAACCAGAUAAUAAAGAAGAUGGAAAAUAUAUUUAUGAUAAAUGGUUUGAUUUAAGUUUUGGUGGAAGAAGAGCUGGAUUACUUUAUCUUGAAAUGACAUUUUAUCCUAGUGCACCUGUUUUACCGCCAAAAAUUCCCAUUCAUCAUGACAAUGUGGUGGUUAUUAAUGAACCAGAUUAUGAUCCGUUGAGAAGUAGUACCAGAUCAUCUAGUCCGUCAAAAUAUAAAGAUUUACCAACAGCACCAUUUUCAGCAUCUCCAAGUGUACUGCCAGAAAGGAAACAAGUCAGCCAUCCCACUAAGAAUUCACCUAAACAUAGUGUUGCAGAUGAUGUGUUUGUCACUCUGGAGUCUUCUAAUACAAGUAAAUCAUCUUCGGUGUUUCUGAAGAGAUUUUUAAAAACUGGACAUAUCAGUGGAACAAGUAGUACCAAUUCGGAUCGUCAAGUAUUUGUUAGUGAAUCAACUAGUCCUGAAAAAUCAAAAGGUCAUAAGAAAUAUUCCCUGAAGUUUUCAAAAUUUGCCGAUAAAUUCCAAUCGAAACAACCAAUUUCAACACUUUGGAAAGGUGCCCAUGAAUCUAUGGCAGCUCCAGGAAGUGAUCAUCCAAAAGUUUACAGUUCAUUAAAUAUGAGAAGAAGUGUAUCACCAUUGAGUGACUAUGGAUCAAAUGAUCUAGAUCAACUACAACGUGACCUUUCAGGAUCAGAAAUGAAUCAUCAUAGUAGAUCUCAGAGUCUUGAACAACAUGAUGAUGUGGUUGUUGAUGAUGAUUUGUACAAGCCUUUACCAAAACUUGCAUUUGAAUCGACAUCAGCUCCACCUCCACCACCCCAUUUAAUUGCAUCUACACAAUCUAUACCAUCCAGACAGACUCGAUCACCAAAACCAUUAGAAUCAGCAGCAGCAUCUGGUUCUGGAUCUGGGUCUUUUUCUGGAUCGUCAUCACGUUCUCCUAGAAGAAAACCACCUCCACCAGCCCAAAAUGAAAGUUAUUCCAUGAAUAGUCGAUCUAAUAUAGAUCUUUCCAAAAGUACAGCAAUACCAUUUUCUGCUGAUUCCAUUGGUGCAGAUGAAGAUGAAAUUGAUAUUAUGCCAACUCAAGUUUAUAUGUUGGAUCAAAAAGUUAAAUCAUUAAGUAUCCCAUCAGAUGAUUUACCGGCUGUUCAAAUGAAUCAAGAUGAAAUUGAUCCGAAAUAUUAUGCACCUACACCAACUGAGCAAUUUAAUAAAUCUCAAAGAUUACAUAAUGGCAAUGCUACUCGAGAUGAUUUAAAAGUUGAUUUAAGAACUAGUGAAACUGGAUAUCUUGGAAAUGGAAGUUUCUCACCAAGUAUUUUUGAAAGAGCUGUUAGACAUAAUUGGGAUGAUGUUAGUGAUGUUGAUUAUAAUGAAUUUAAUAAACCUGAAGUGCCACCAAAAAUCCCAAAAGGUCUUUCCGAAAGAGAAUAUUAUGUACUUGAAAGGGAAAAAUAUUUAAAUGAUAUGAACGGUAAUAGAACAUAG